AUGGAAACUGAAAAUACUCCAAAAGAGGUGGAACCAGUAGAGGUAAUCAACAAAGUCUCUCCAACUACAUUGUUGAAACCUGAGCUUAAUGCUAACAACACCCCUGACAAUAUUCCUAAUCCUCCUAAGAAGCAUAAAAGAACAACUCCGUGUGACCCAGAUGGUAGCCUUUCCUCAGCUGGAAGGUUUGAUUCUUUUAAGUCAUUUGUUGAGAAGGCUAAGAUUGACACUCGUGGUCUUUUGACUUUAGAUGUUGAGACUAGGUGGAACUCCACAUAUAUGAUGCUAGAUACAUCUGUAAAGUUUGAAAAAGCAUUUUCAAGAAUGUAUGAUGAUGAUCAUAAGUACCUCAAAUAUUGUUUAGAGACGAAUAGUAUGGGAGGACAUCCAUCUAUAGAUGAUUGGAAGAAUGUUAAAGUUUUUAUUAAGUUCCUUGAGAUGUUCUACCAGGUCACUUUGAAAUUCUCUGGAACUUCAUAUGUUACUUCUAAUUCUUUUUUCCAUGAGAUCUUUAAUCUUCAGAAUUUUAUUCAAAAAUAUUCUCAUAGUGAAGAUUCUAUUUUGAGUGGCAUGGCUGAGAAGAUGAAAGUUAAAUUUAAAAAAUAUUGGGGUACUUUUGAGAGUAUGAAUAAGUUAUUAUUUGUUGCUGUUGUUUUGGAUCCUCGAUAUAAAUUGAAGUAUGUGGAAUUUCUUUUCAACAAGUCUUAUGGUAGUUUGGAGGGAGGCCAACAGUCAAAAAAGGUGAUGGAUACUUUGACUCGCUUGUAUGACCAUUACAAGAGUUCUUUUUGUGAGAAUUCUAGUGACAUAACUGGUGGUCAAACAAGCUUGAUGGAUGAAAUUGAUGUCCUGGACAGUGACGAAAUGUGGCAAUCACAAUGGGAGAAACAUUUGGCAGAUAAAGUCAAUAUUGAAAAUAAAUCUAAACUUGAGAAGUACUUGGUAGAUGAUUUGGAAAAGACCAACGAUUUAAAUAUUUUGGCUUGGUGGGAAGUUUCAUCUCCUAGAUAUCCAAAUGUCUCUAGAAUUACAAGGGAUGUUCUUUCUAUUCUUAUUUCCACUGUUGCAUCUGAAUCUGCUUUUAGCACUGGUGGUCGAAUUCUUGACUCUUAUCGAAGUUCUUUAUCACCAAAGACAGUAGAAGCUCUUAUUUGCACUCAACAAUGGUUAAGAUCAACUUAUAAAGAAUACAAGCUUGAAGAUCUUUUAGAAGAAAUUCAGAAUCUUGAGAUAGUUGAAAAAGAAUAUGCUGGCACAACUUUGAGUAUUGAUUAA